ACAUUUUUUUUUUGGGGGGGGCGCGUGGGAUCGAUAUGUAAAAUACAAUGCGGACAUUUCUAGUGUAUAAAUAUGUAAUAAAACGGGACAUGAACGCUCCGUUGUUCGUCGAGUAUCGUGCAUCCUAACCAAUAGGGGGCGACUAUCAGUGCAUGGACGAAACACUUUUGCGCGCGGGCUUUGGAAAUGGCGGAGAACGCAGAGAGUAGCGGAUCCUUGUCCCCAGUUUCUCUUAAGCUGUAUGAGGCGCAGUUCUUUGGCUUCACCCCACAGACCUGCCUGAUGAGGGUAAAUAGCGCCUUCCAGGACUGCCUCUAUGAGAUGCUGGUCGUUGUGGAAUCUGUAUUUGUACGGAAACUGUCCCAAGGCAAAGAUGCACCGGAGGAGCUGUCUCUUAAAACCCGAGAAUGCACCCAAAAGCUGCUGCAGUUUUUGCAGGAGCGCUUUAGGAAGUUGUCGAGCCGCAUGGAAGCUCUGCUGGUGAACAGCGUGCUCUCGGUCCCUGCCAACGUCCUGCUGCCUGAUGAUGAGGCUCAACGGAAGUACCCACAGAGCCAGGACCGGCUCCUGAAGCUGGAGGCUUCCACCGCAGAGCUGCAGCAGGCCUACCAGGCCGAAGUGUGUGCCAGGCAGGCACUCCUAGCAGAACUAGAGGAGCAGAGAGAGACGCAGGCACAGCUGGAAGAAGUGCUGACGUGGGUUGAGGAGCUGCGUCUGGCCUGGAAACAGGGAGGCAUGGGCAACAUCCGCGACAGUUUCAAGCGUAUGAUGCAGACCGUCACCCAACUGCAAAGUGUUAUGGAUGAAAUAAAAAAGAAGAGCAAGGUAUUAGACGAAGUGUGAAUCCUCUACGUUUUCUUGUGCUUUUUGUUGUUGAUAUAAAUAUCCAAGGCACCUGUUGACUUUAUGUGCAUUAUGCCUUCCUAGCACUUGGGUGCUGUUUAUGUAGAGCUAUGGUCUAUCCACGAGAGGGAGCCACUGCUCAGUCUUUUUCAACUCUUUGAACUGGAAAUCAUACUGGUGACUGCAGUGAGCUGUCCUCAGCAAAGUAUUUCAUUUGUAACCAGCGUAUUCCUUGCUGACAUUUGAAAUGCAGUCAACCAAAAUCAUCCCUUUCCACAAAUUCAUUGGAUAUUCUGAAUCCAUGCUCACUGUGGAGUCUGUUACUUUGAUGCUUAGUGCAACAAGACCUGCAUUAGAUGAGUGGAUUUCCCAUUAGACCAAAUCUGUGGGCUUUCCCUCUUGUUCACAGUAGGAGAGUCCCACAUUCAAAUAAAGCUUAGUUCUUUGGGA